UCCAACAGUAGAGAAUGACGGCAGUUUGGGCAGCUGUCAUUACAGGCACUUCACCAGUUAAAUGGUGAAACACACACCCACUGGCACACACACACACACACACACACACACAUAGAUACACACACAUUCUGUCACACUCAUGAGGAAUGAAGUGACAGGGGAGAGCUGGCAACAACACAGAGACAUCUCUCCUGCUGAGCUGGAUGCUCUUUGGAGGGAACCGCCGUACACUCUUGGUGGAACAAAUGAACACUUCUCAGGAAAUGACACCAUGACUCAAGGCGCAGGUGAGGAGGAGGACGGUCCAGUGGUGGAGUCAGGCGAGGGAGGAGUGGAGCCAGACAGUUAUUGGAAGAGGAAAGAAGCCUUUUGUAGAGGAAGUACUGUGUCACUGGGCGAGAAAUUCUCCUCAGAAAUUGCUUUGUUGUUCACCGGGAAGCGGCGCUCCAGUGUGGAUCCUGACCGAGCCCUUCAGGAGGCCCUGCGCACCCGACUCCGAGUGGUGGAGAGCAACAGCCAGGACGUCAUCCAGCUCUUUAAAGACUUGUCUGCACGUCUGGUGUCUGUCCAUGCAGAGAAGGACAGCUUUGUACUCACAUUCAAGACUGUGGAGGAAAUCUGGAAGUUUUCAACUUACCUUGCAUUAGGCUAUGUGGCUCGCUGCUUGGAGAACUUCCUGUGUGAUCAGUCCUUCUGGCUGGACCAGGAGCUGCUCAGUGACUUGGAGAUCAAUGUAACAGUGGAUGAAGAACAUCUGGCCACCCUCUACCUGGGACUUUUGCUACAGGAGGGAUCCUUUUUUGCUAAGGCGCUAUUCACGAGAAGUGAGCUGGAUGAGGAUGAUGAUGAACGGUUGUCAUUCAAAAAGAAUGACUUGCUAAUGGUGAAGGACACAGGGCAGGACAUGUGGGAGGGCACCAUGCUUUCCUCAGGACAGCAUGGCCAGGUGCCAGUCAACGCCAUGCAGCCGCUGCCCUACCCCUUCUAUCAGUGGUUCCUGAGGAAGGACCAAGGCAAUGUUGGAUGCUCGCCAACAGCAAAGGAACCGUUUGGACAUCCACUUGUGACAGGUUCAUGUGUAGCGGUGGUUGACUACAGUCCAGUGGGGCAAGAUGAGCUCCAGCUGAGUCAAGGUGACAUUGUGGAGAUCCAGGGUCUACUAGUCCGAGGCCUGGGCAUAUUCAUAGGAAAACACGCUUCCACGGGUCACACUGGCUUCGUACACAAGGCAAAUGUCAAGCCUCUGGACACCAUACCACUAGAUGGACAAUUGGUCUUUCUGACUGAGGAGGAGAGGGCCAGCCUGGCUCAGAUUAACCCAUGUAGCUCUGAGCCAAGUGACAGUAGCCUGCUGGAAAGACUCUUCUCAUCUGACAUCAGCUCUGUGUACAGGCUAGAUAGACUGGAUGACUCUGACUUCAUGUACAUCAAGAAUCAGCCAAAACAUGAUCAUAAGGUUCCUACAAGCACCCGUCAGAGUGUCCUGUCAGAGAGAAGUGGAGAGAUAACCCCCUACCACUCCUCUCCUCGCCACUCUCUCUCUCACUCCUCUCCCCGCCUGUCCCUCUAUCGCUCCCACAAUCCUCUGCCAAGGGAGGGAGAGCGCCUGUCCUUCACGCUGGACGACACUUUCAGGGAACUGGACGAGUUCCAGGAAGAUCCGCCUCUUUUCUUGGAGGAGAACAGCUGGGAGGGAGACGAGUCGGAGCUCAGUGACCCCACACUGACCCUGCUCAAUUGCGAUCACUUCCAGGAGGACUUCUUGCCCCUGUAUGACCUGCAGUAUUCCUUCCUCUGGGUGACCUUCAAUGGGAAGAGCGAGGAUGAGCUAUCAGGGCACCUCGAGAGUGUCAGGGAGUGUGCCAAGAGGAUGGACAUGCACUGGGCACAUCGACGGGCAUGCUUUCUACUGGGAAGACUCUGUGCCAGGAAGCUUAAGCUAUCCCAGGCACGAGUGUACUAUGAAGAGGCAUUGAGUGUUCAUGUGGACAGUUUCUCAGACAUACCACUGCUCAUCGCGCUCAUCACCAACCUCACCGCUGUCUACCUGAAGCAGCGUAUGACAGACAAGCUGCCCCACACUCUGGAGAAGGCCAGUGCCCUGAUCCUAUGUCUCCCCAGCCACACCUUCACCUCCAUGGAUGAGGUUGAACUGCUGAAGCUGCUCCUGAGGAGAUCUGUGGUCAUGGGGGACAAACUGCUUGAGGCCCGCAUUUGCUACCUCAUCUCCAGCCUCUUCCUCCAUCUCAGGAAGACUGAUGAUGCCCUUCCGUUUGUUGAGCGCCUCCAGUUUCUCUCAGUGACUCUCUCCGCCGCUGAGGAACGGCCUAUAGCUCCUUUGGACCUGAACUGGCUCUUGAGCUUGCUCUAUCAUCGCAAAUACAUGCCUUACUUAACACUGGCCUCACUGAGCCUGGACUCAAGACAAGACCACUCCCUCCACGACGCCUUCCAGAGGAUUGAGUUGUUUAUCAGGAACUCAGUCCGUCUGAACCCGUGCUGGAAGGAAGGAACCUCCCUGCUCCCUGCACAGAUUGUGGUUUACCUUCAGCAUGCCCUGGCCAUAGCUGAAAAAGGGGAGGACUUAAAGACCCAGAGGGACCUGUGCCUAGGUUUGGCCUCAGUCUACCAGCAGCACGAUGCUCUUGAUAAGGCAGUGUGCUGUGCUCAACAGGCAGUGGAAACAGGAGGUCACAUCAAUGAGGAGGAAGGCUUUGAGGCCGCUGUGCUGCUUGGCUGGCUGCUGGUGUUGACAGGACAGGCUGAGAGGGCUCAGGGUGUGCUGCAGCCACUGCUUACAUCACUUCAGGGCACGGACAGUCCCACUCAGCGAGGAGUGAUCCACAACCUCUUGGCUUUGUGUCUGAGGCGGCAGGGUUGCAUCCGAGAAGCAGGCUGGCAUCUCCAUUCUGCCCUGGUAAUAUCAAGGGAAAGCGGAAACCAGAGAAACCAGGCCCUGGCAUUGGCCAACCUGGGCUGCCUGGCGCUGGAUGUGGGUGCAUCCUUGGUAGCAGAGCGCUUCCUGGUCAGAUCCCUGCGCCUUUUUCUGGAACUCCGGGAAAGCCCCACAGAUGAGGAGCAUGUUCAGACCUAUCUUUGGCUGGGCCGGAGCUACAAAGACAGGGGGAAGAGUCAGGACAGCAGGGCGUGUUAUGAAAUGGGGUUAUUAAUUGCAUUACAUGCUAGAAACUUGCACAGUCAGAUGGUGGUGGCCAAGGUGCUGAGCCGGCUAUACGCUGACAUGCUGCUGUAUGGUCAGAGUAUCGUCUACUAUGAGCACUGUGUGUCAGUAUCCAGAGAACUGAAGGACAAGAGACUGGAGGGAGAGUAUCUGGAAAUCCUCAGUAGCCUUUACCUCUCGCUCAACACUGAGAAAUCAUCUCGUAAAUCUCUGGACUACACCAAGCAGAGCCUGAGGAUUUCUAUUGAUUUGGGCAAGAGAGAAGAAGAGUCUGAGACGUGGUUACAGGUGGGACGCAUCUAUUAUCUCAUCCAGGAGGACGAGCUGGCUGACAUGUACCUGCAGGCAGCAGUGAAGACAGCCCUGCGGAUGAAUGAUCCUCAUUUUGCCAUGUGCAUCUAUGAGGAGGCAGGAGAUGUCUACUUUAAAGGCCACAGGAACAGAAUGGCAUCACUGCCUUUCUACAGGGAUGGCAGUCUGCCAUUUGCACGAAGCAUCAAGGACAUCCAUUCAGAGUUCCGCUUUUUGAGUAAAUUGACUGAACUGUUGAUGAAUCAGGGAGAGCAUGAGGAGGCUCUGCAGUACGCUACACUGGCUGUUCAAAUUGCCAGCAAAACAGGUGUGAGUGUGAAUGAGAGGACAGCCUACCACCGGCUAGCUACAGUCUACUACAACCUGCAGCAGUACGAGAUGUCAGAGAACUACUACCUCAAGUCCCUGUCUCUCUGUACGCCCAUCCUGCAGCACCCAAGGGAGGCUCGCUACUACACACAACUCUACUGCAGAAUUGGAAAUAUCACUCUACACAAGCUCAAGGAUGCUUUUGAUGCAGUGGGCUACUUCCAGAUGGCUCUGGCGGCUGCCCUGGAGGACCAAGCUAACCCUGAGGCUCUGUAUGUGGUGUACAUGAAGCUGGCCGAGAUCCAUGGCAACCACAUGCCCGAUGUUCAGCUCUGCCAAGUUUACAGAGACAGAGCCCAGAGUCUGAAGAGAGUUCUGGCUGGAGAGGAAAACAUGGGCAAUGCAGACACAGAGUCUGGCCAGAAUCAGAAAAAUGUUUCUGAUGCUGAUAUGGAACAUACAGAAAGUUCGCCUGAGAGAAACGUAAAUGAAAACUGUGAAGGUGACUCAUUUUCAAGAACUUGUAUGAUGCAGGCAGACACAGAGCAUGGACUUAGAGACACUAUUCUUGAGAAUGGCAACAUGAAAGAAGAUCACAGUAUUCAUCCUCCUGAUACUGACAGUCUUUGUGUGUAUGCCUCAUCUGAGACAGAAACCAUCACCAGUCAGUCGUACAGUGACAGUAUUCUCACAGAGUCCUUCGCUACGGCAAAGGAGCAGAUCACAGACUCCGGCAGCUCCACUGACACUUUCCAAACUUAUCAGAAUCAAACAGAUCAGGACGAUUUUAUCAAAGGCCACUCAGACUUUAACACUGACCACGAUGUGUCAGGUCAAAUAUCUGUUAAUGUCACAGGUGACAUCAGUGGACAAACAGAUUCACAACACACUGAUUCUAACAUUCAGGAUGAAGAAAACACUCCCACUAAAGAAAGUGAUGUAGAUGCAGAUCUUCAGCAGAAAGAUGGCAGCCUUGAGAAGAGUCGAUCCGAUACCGACCAAUCAGAGACUGUUAGCAUAAACGAAGAUAAAGCUGUAAACAUGGACAAUACAGCUGACAAACAUAGUCAACACAUGGAUUUAGAUGAUGGAUACUUAUAGUCUCCCAGUUGCACUUAAGGUUCUUCACUGGCAUUUCCUUAGUCCGGUCAUGAGUGUAUUGUCCGGCAAACUGAAUGCAACGUUCCAGCCAUAUGGCACUUAUUGUAGGACAGAUGAUGUCAAUACUGUAAAGUUUUCAGAGAUUUAGUAACUUAAAAGCAUGUACUUUUUUGUAUUAUGCAUUCUGUGGUUAUUACAGUGCAUUAUGCUUGCAUAUGUUUUCUAAAUGUGUUUUUGUAUCUU